AUGGUCUUUGGAUGGUUUCAAAUAUUCCGUAAAGGAUCAACAACCCUUUCUUCGGAAACAAACAAUGAGAAGCUUCAUACAUUGAAUCGACAUGAUCAAUCACGUACGAGCAAUUUUAAUCGUGCACCCUCAUCGUCAUCAUCUUUCCGAUUUUCAUCAUGGUUUUGGAAUGGUUUAUUGUCCUCUAAUUAUAAUGUAUUUCAAUCUCCCUUUCAUCGCUUGAUGGUUCAUGCUCAGGAACAAGAAUCAAAGAAUUUCUCAUCAUCACAACACGAACUGCAACAACACAACUCUCAAGCGCCAACUUCCGAAGAAAUAUUUCAACAAUUUCUCAAACAAACUCAAUCAAAACACCAGAGUGAGAAAAAGGAAAAAUCAAAGAUAGAGAAGAAAAAAGAAGAAGAAGAACUCGAAGAUAGAUUAACGACGUUGUCUCUUGAAGACUUAGAAGAUGACGAGAUUUUUGCACGAGUUCAACGAAAAUAUCACUUGAAAAACAUGUUCAAACUAAUGAAUUCAUGGGCAAAAUGUUCGAACAUGCCAAGAGAACCUCUAGAUGGACAUCCAUUUGUGCCAGAUCCAAAAACAUUGGAGACGAUGCAGUUAGCUUGCCAUGUGAGUGGCAUGGUCGAUGCAGAAGAGUACUUUACUUUGACUCAUAGAUGUUUACCAACGACAGAUACAAUCAACCUUGUCAGUGGACAUAAGGCUUUCUCAUCGAAUAUUCUCAAUAAGGAAGAGGCUCUCGAGACUGUGACACAAUGUAGAGAUUGUGUUGAAGGAACUGAUCCUUAUACACAAGAAAUGAAACAAAUUUAUUUUGAAACUAAGGAUUUAAUUGAAGAGAAGAACUCUUUGAGGAUAUUUCUCCCAAAGGUUUCUGCGCUGCUUAACUUAGUCUCAGAAACGGAAGGCCUUUCAGAAGGACCUCAAAUAGAAGCGCGAGAAAAAUUUUGUGUAAAUCAACAUAAGGACAGCAAUAGAUCCAUUGCUGAGAAGAUUCAUUGGGCUCAGCUCAAAAUAUUCCAGAGAGAAUUCUCUGAAAUGAGGAAUUGUCUGAAUUCGACAUCGAACGAUACUGAAAAAUGCAAAUUUGAAACAACGAACUAUGUUUUGCAGUCAAGAGCAGUAGCAUGCGGUAAAGAGAUGGCAUAUUGCCUCGACAAUUUUUCUACAAUAGCCAACAAGUUAGAAGAUUAUCAAAGAAGGCACACAAAAACAGGAGUUCUUGUUGGAUUUGGAAAAGUUAUUAACGAGGAAGAUGAGGAUGAUAUUUUUGGAGAGCAAGAUGAGGAUGACGAGAAAAUGCAGUGCUCCAAUAAGAAGAAUAAUCAAAAGAAACAGCAAACAACUUCCCAAAAGAAGAAGAAAACUACAGUUGAAGAAAUCAACGACGACGAUGAUGAUGGUGACUAUGUAUUUGGAUCCUAUAACUAUGAUAAUUUGAAUGAGGAAGAAGUUACAUUUGUUGGAAAGAACGAGUAUGCAGAAGAAGAUGAGAAAGACAACAUCAUUGUUAAUCAAGUCUUAAAUAAUGCCAGUUCAAAGUCCUACUCAAAUUCUAAGAGCAUUACUAGCUCUUUGAGCUCUACAAAUUUUCUGUUGAGAGGCUCACAAAAACGAAUGCAGGUCGAUGAUUCUAUUGAAUCCUCCUCGAACACAAUUCCAAGCAAUCACAGCACAGAAUUGGAUACGAAUUUAAAUACAGCAGAUUUUACCAACAUGAAUAUUGAAGACAGAGAUCAAGUUUUAACAACCACAAUGGAACGCUUUACCAAAUGCAUGACUCUCUACCAGCCUGUUACGAACUGUGUGAAACGUGUCGAAAAGCACUCCAGCAAAAUCUUGCCAAAGUGCAACGAAGAAACGGGAAAAAGAAAAAGAGACGCUUCAAACCACGUGAGAAAUCGUAUGCAGAAAAACUCUAUGAAUUUGAUACCUCAAAAGAGGAGUGAGGCAGAAGUAAGGCAGAAAUGA